AUGGAUGAGGUCAAGCUGGAGAGCCUCUCCGGCAGGGCAGGAAUCAUCAAGGCCAGCCAGGACUCCGAUGCCCUGGAUCGAAUUUCACAUCAGGUCCUCGAUGACGUUCUUUACAAUGUCAUCUUCGAUCUCGUCCUCGAAGUCCACCGCGAAGAGAAGACUCGCCGGGCCAACACUGCUGCCAUACGGGUGGAGAAGCUGGCCGCCGACGCCGCCGACGCCUCAGACCCAGACACCAAGCCUGACAUAAGAACAGAGACCGACGCUGCCAUAUACGAGGACGGUAGGGUUCUGCUCAAGGGCAAUCCAUUACAGACCACAAAGGACAUCCUGUGCCCACGAUGCCACCUCCCUCGCCUGCUGCACCCGACCGACGGCAGGGGGGCUCAGAAGCCAGACCCUGGUGUGAUAUAUUGCAAGAAGCACCCUUACAUUGACAAACCCGGUUACGACAUCUACGGUCAGACAUGGGUCGCCCCGGGUCCAGGCAGGGGCAAGAAAAAGAAGGACAUGGAGAAGAAACUCGAUGCCAGUGUAGACGGCACCGUCACGCCCACCUCCGACGGCCAGCGGCCGCCCAACGUGCUCUCGUUCCCCUCUGCGACAUGUAGCAAGUGUAAGCGGUGCAUACUGGUCACGCGUCUGAACAACCAUAUGGGAGCGUGCAUCGGCAACAGCGGGAGGAACGCAAGUCGUGUGGCCUCGCAGAAGAUCACUAACGGCGGUAAUGGCGACAACACCCCUCCAUCCAGCCAGAAGGGCACCCCGGUCAAUGGCUCGAGGGCGGGCAGUCCUAGGAAGCGCGAUGCCGACGAGCUUGACGAGGACCAGGAAUCAGACACAACAAAUCCCAAGAAGAAGAGCAAGAAGCUCAAGGGACCAACCACAAAGAUCCUGCUCAAAAACAAGCCCAAGAAGGAGAAGGAGAAGGAGAAAGUCAAGACCAGCUCGUUCCUGAGCGUUGAGUCCAAGGUCGACGACGAGGACGACGAAGAUGACAAGAAAUCAACCGUUCAAGUCGUGUCCAAGAAACCCACGUCAAAGCAGCCAUCACCCGCCAAGAAACUGAAACUAGGGAACCCAAAACCACCUUCGGCAUCACCCAAACCAAAGAACGGCAGUCAGGUAGAUGGCGGCUACGAAUCUUCAGACACGUUGUCAGACCCACCACACGCAUAG